ACAAGUUUCAAUUUCAAUCUCCCAGCGGUGAACUUUGACCCGCGUAACCAAUUUUUCUCUCUCUCCUUCUGAUAUAUAGAACCAACCCUCCAUUGAUUCCCUCCUCAGCUGAAUUUCAGAGAAGAGGAGCAUUCAAACUUCGUAUUCAACUUCCUUUUUUCUUCUGGGUUUUUCGAUUUGGCUUCGACAGAGAAGGCUGCAAUGAUCUUGUCAUGGAGGAAGAACAAGCUAGGGCUUCUUUCUAAGUUGAAGAAAGAGGUUCCGGGCGUCGAUUCGGGUGCGGAGAUUGAAAUUCCUUCGCAUUUUUUGUGUCCGAUUUCCCUCGAUUUGAUGAAGGACCCUGUGAUUUUGUGCACCGGGAUUACUUACGACAGAGAGAGCAUCGAGAAGUGGAUUGAUGCUGGGAAUUUUUUAUGCCCGGUGACGAAACAGGGUUUGACGGGUUUCGAUCUAAUCCCUAAUCACGCGUUGCGGCGGAUGAUCCAAGAUUGGUGCGUCGCGAAUCGUUCUUACGGAAUUGAGCGGAUUCCGACGCCGCGGAUUCCAGUCACUCCGUAUGAAGUUUCGGAGAUUUGUUCGAGAAUCGCGGCCGCGACUCAAAGGACCGAUUCGAAGAGGUGCGGGGAAUUGGUGGGUAAGAUUAGGAAUUGGGGAAGAGAGAGCGAGAGGAAUCGGAGGUGUAUCGUGAGUGGAGGAACCGGCAACGUUUUAGCAGCUUCGUUUGAGCAUUUUGCCGGUGUUUCGAUUGAGAAACAUGCGGGUUUGUUGGAGGAGAUUUUGUUGGUUUUGGUGUGGAUGUUCCCAAUCGCCAUGGAAGGCCUAUCUAAGCUCGGAUCUGCAGAUUCUUUGAAAUGCUUAGUCUCCUUCUUAGUGGGCAAAGAUCUUUCCCCCAAGAAGAGCGCAGUUUUUGUUCUGAAAGAGUUGCUUUUGGUUGAUCAAAGAUUCGUCGAUUCAUUGGCCGCCAUUGAAGGAGUACCUGAAGCUUUAGUCAGCAUCGUCAAGGAGCCUCUUUGCUCAUCAGCUACAAGAUCAUCUCUCACAGCCAUUUUCUACAUGAUUUUGCCAUCAGAAAUCAGCGAGAAAAUGGCAUUGAAAUUUAUGGAACUGGGCUUGGUCUCUCUGCUACUAGAAUUUCUGGUAGAUGCAGAGAAAAGUCUAUGCGAGAAAGCUUUGGGAAUUCUGGAUGGAAUUUGUGAUUUCAAACAAGGAAGAGAGAAGCUUUACCAGAAUGCACUUACCAUUCCACUAUUGGUGAAGAAGAUCCUGAGAGUUUCAGAGUUAUCCACUGAAUUCUGUCUGUCAAUAUUGUUGAAGCUCUGUAAAAGUGGAGAGCGGGAUGAGGACGAUGUGAGGGUGGAAGCAGCCCAAUUGGGUGCUUUCCAGAAGAUUUUGGUUCUUUUACAGGUUGGCUGUGGUGGUGCCAUGAAAGACAAGGUUUAAGUAAUCACCAAUACCUCCCCUUCUUAAUCAUAAUCAAGUCUGAGUGGGGUGUUUUUAGUACAAUAUUUAGAGAUAUAUGCCAAUUACCACUCAACCAUGCUCAAGUCAACGGUCGAGUUGAAUUUUUACCUAUUUUCUAAAAAUUCUUAUUUGUGACUCUAUUCCCUUCUAAAUUUUUUACCCAUAUCUACCUUUUGUAUCUGUAAAGUUAAGUUACCAAAAUAUCCAAGGUCUAAUAUCCAAGGUCAGAAACCUGAUUUUCCAUUACAGUCGGUAAAAUUCUUGUCUCCCAUUUUUUUCCACUUCGUGAAUUCUUUUUUCCCUCAGCUUUCUUCUCUGUUCUUCUUCUUCGG